ACCAGCAGCUUGCCUUCACUGGGAACGGCGCACAUCAUUGGGAUCUUUGUCUACUGUACCAGCCUCUAUCAGCCUCCUCAUACCUGCCUUCAGUCCACAUCUUCUGCUUGAAAAAUUUCCUCAACAUCAGGUGCAAAUAUUCACAAUCAGGUUUAAAUUUGCCAGUCUACAUUGCCAAGCCUGACAUUAUGGAUAUUGCCAUUCAACACCCCUGGUUUAGACGCACCCUGGGCUACCCCACCCGCCUCUUCGACCAGUUGUUUGGAGAAGGCCUGUUCGACUAUGAGCUCUUUCCCUUCGCUUCCUCAACUGUCAGCCCUUACUAUCGACACUCACUCUUCCGCAGCUUCCUGGACUCCUCCAACCCAGGCAUCUCUGAGGUGAGGUCUGACAGAGACAAAUUCACGGUGUACCUGGAUGUGAAACACUUCUCUCCUGAUGAGCUCAAUGUGAAGGUGACUGAGGACUAUGUGGAGAUCCAGGGCAAACAUGGAGAAAGACAGGAUAAUCACGGCUACAUCUCCCGUGAGUUCCGCCGCCGCUACCGCCUGCCUUCUAGUGUGGACCAGUCUGCUGUCACCUGCACACUGUCUGCUGAUGGCCUGCUUACUCUUUGUGGACCCAAGGCUGGUGGCAUAGAGUCUGGCCGUGGAGAUCACCCCAUCCCUAUUACCAGGGAGGACAAGACCAACUUAGGCUCCUCCUCCUAGACGGGUCACUCCCCACAGCCAGGUGGCAGUAUUGAGGUGUGAGUGGGGCUCACAGGGGCUUUUAUUUCAGAGGGCAUCUAAGGGUGGAUUUAAGCAAAUCCUCUAUUUGUUUAUCAUUAAACAAGCCCUUCCUCCCACUUCCACUUCAAAGGGUGUGUCAGUAUAUCUGACCUAAUACCUUCUUUCAUUACUAGCUAAUAAUCUCCACAAUCCACUAUGAUUGUUUUCAUUUUACAUGACACACAGGAAAUGGAUCAGGAUGAUUGGCUGGGGGUCUUAUUUCUUAAUCAAGCCUCUGCAUUCCUCUCUAGUUAGAUGAUGAAUCGCAAACAGUCACUGCUCUGAUUUUCGACCAUCCUGGUGAUAUAGGUAAUCAUUAUUUAAAAGUAUAAUCCUUUGUGUAGGAUCAGUUGGAGAACUAAAUGCUCCAAGUAAGGUUGAAGAACUUGGUUAAAACUUGAUCUGUUUGAAGAUUUCUGAUCCGAGGGAGAUUCCAUCACCUGUAAGACCGUGGCCUUCUCCCUUGCCUGUGUCAUGACCUCUUUUCUAGAUUUCUCUUGUCAUCGACUCUUGCCUGUCUUGUAGGUUUAGCCCUGUUCUACUCAUUACCGACUCCUCAGGGGUCUACUAAAAAGUAAUAAAAAAAAAUAAAGUUGUACUAUUAACCAUUAA